AGCACGCAGGGAUGUUUCUCUUGUUGCUCCAUACCGGGGCUGUCAUGUCAAAAAACAGGGUGGAAGAUAUAUUCUGCCGCUCAUUAUAAUGGGAGCUCCAGUGCGAAUGUCUUGUCCUGUGAGUCCUCGACUCUCUACAGUGUCCUGCCUCUCCACCGGCAUGAUUGCCACACUUGGGGUCAGAGCAGAUGUUGUUAAAGUUCUAGUUGAUGGAUCAUGGCAGCCUCUGCUUCUAAUGUACACUCGAUGCUCCUUCACAUUGGAGAAUACUGAUAGUUCAGUGGUUGUCACUGCACCAUUCACAGGAAGCUGUUGGCUAAUGACGGACACUGAAAUGCAACUCCCUUUGAUGUAUGGUGACCGGGAGGUAACUCUUUCCUGUCCUCUGACACGGCCAACGAUAGCUCCAACCAUGCCUGCUGACCCAGACAUGCAACAGAUGUUUGACCCUUUCCCUUUUGGAAGACCCUGGUGGUAUCCUCCAUAUUAUCCUGGUGUACCUGCUACCCUGCCUCCCACUGUGCCACCUACAACAACUACAACUCCACCUUUUCAAUGUCCUUUCCAGCAACACAUGUACCCUCAGAUGUAUCCCAGGCCAGUGUUUGAUCCAUACUUUUACUCUAGAGGUGACCCAGCUGCUCCCCCAGCACCACAACAACCUCAACAUCCCUGGUACCCAAACUUCCCUCCUUAUAUGAAUGGCUUCCAAAGCCCAGUUGAAGUGACCAUUCCUGCAACGACCACAACUACACCUGCCUCAGACCAGCCUGAGAAGCAUCCAAUAUUCCCACCGUUACUCAAGUCUUAUAUGCCUCCAGUUGUGGAAUACCCUUUCAUGCCCAAGUAUCCUAAGGAUCCAGUCUUUGGUCCCCGCAGCCCUAAAUCAGUGUCUUAUAAUGCACAGUUAUCCUCGGUCUACAGGCCUUAAAGGUUUGUUUAAAGUGAGAUGAGUGUGGAGGUACUCUGAAAUGGCGUUGCUUUCUCUCUGGAUGACUCCAGUGACAUCAGUAUGUUUCUCUUCAGCUUCAUAGAAGGCUAAUAAAACUUAAUGAGACUUCA